AUGUUUUCAAGUCCCAUUUGCACAUCAGGAUGCUUAAAAGAUCUUCAUCUAAUUGAGUUAGCUAUGGGCACCUGCACUGCUCUUCGUACCUCCAAACACCGUCGGUAUAGAUUUACUCUGGAACCUGAACGCACUUAUGCACACACCACCAGAUCGCAAGACUCGCCCACUGUCAACCUAUCUGGUCUAAUAUCCCGGUACGAACCACUUGUUUUGGCAUCUUUGCAGACCGAUACCUCCUUUGGCCUUUCUGACCUUACGAUGUUGCAUUUGGUCAAGAAGAGUACCGUUGAAGCCCUUCAAGCGGCAGGGUAA